CUUUUCAUUUCAAUUUAUAUCAUUAAAAAGAAAAAUGAUAUAUACAAUCCUAAAAACUACAUAUAAAAAGUCAAAUAAAAAAACAAUAAAAAAUAAACAAACAUUAAUUAUAUACAUCGAUCCGUAAUUGUAUCAUAAAAUCAUAUAUCAAAACCCUUGAAACAUCAAUAUAAUUUCAAAUUCCCACUUAUUUUGAAAUUUAUUAAUAAAUGAUUAGAACUUUCAAUUUCCAUCUCGAUUCCAAAACCCAAGGCUUCGGAAAUCACCCUCGGGUUCGGAUCUUCACCCAACCCACUUCCCUAGGCCCAAAACCCCAAACACCUUCCCCCCAUUUUUCAAAACAAAAUCAAUUUUUUUCCUUCUCUAAAUUCUCUUCUUCUUUUCAAUUAUCACACACUCUCCUAUAUAAAAAGGCAGCUGUAACUCCACCAAAAUUUUGAUUCAGUACAAAACAAAUCCCUCGCUAAAAAAUGCGGCUGACAAACUCCGGCGAAAACGAUGGAGAUCACCGGUCGGAGCCGGAAUUCCGGCGAGGUUGCAUAAUUCCGGCCGCCGGAGAUGAAGAAGAAGGUUGUAGAACCGUGUGUUAUUCUCCUGCACGUGUGGUGGUUUAUAGAUUGCUUGCUAUUGCUAGGAAAUGUCGUGGUGGUGGGAGGAGAGAGAAAGUUCAUGUUCAGGUUCAGGCGAGUGGAGAAUUUUCGCCGGAAGUUUCGCAGAGGAAGUCUGAUGAUCGUCGGAGAAUUAAUGUUUCAGGACUUGAAAGGCAGGAGAUGACCUUCAAUUUGGCAGCAGGGCUAGGUUUGCUAUCUCUUAUUGCUGCUAGCAAAACAGAACUUGACAGAACAGUGGAACUACGUAAGCAAAUGGAAGUGUUUCUAGAAAGUUUCAAAGAACACCAAAGCAAAUGCACAUCCCCAAAACCAUCUGAUCCUGAAAUUGCAUACGCUGUGAGCACUACCCUUGACGGCCUUAGCAAUUACUCAUUGGAAGAUCAUGCACCCUCACUUAGCCAACAAGAAUCUGGAAGCACUUUUGUAUAUGAUACACACUAUAAUAACAUGCACCAGAAAGAGCCGUCUGUUGAAGGUAUUAAUCACCUUGAGGCAGAACUAGCAGCUGAAUUAGAUCGGCUGCAGCUGGACGUCGAAGCAGAAGGGUAUUUAGAGACUGGAGAGUCGCCAGAAAUUCAGGAGGAAGUUACUGAGAUUCCCUCUGAGAAUACAGCUAUUGGAAGCGUCUGCAUGAGCUCUGGAGAGGUGAUUGAUCCUCAGUAUGUCGAAAAUUCAGAGUUUUGUGGUGUUCCACCUCUCGAAGUUGAGAGACGAUUGCACGAGCUACUUGAAGGAAGACAAGAAGAACGGAUUAAAGAACUCGAAGCUCAUCUAGAAAGCAUGCAGAGAAAGCUUCAAGAAAAGGAGGUAGAAGUCGCUUGGUGGAAAGACACUGCCAAACUCAUCUCUAAACAAGUCCCUGAAUCUGCCCGCACCUUAAGGUAAUUCCUGAACAUAAUUCGUGAUGAUUGAUGAGUUGCAAAAGACGAGGAUCUCUGGCUUAAAUUUUGCUCAUAGAAGGGAUUUUAGCUGUUUAAAAUCCCUUUGGUUUUUGUAAAUUCUAUCUACUGUUUGCAGGUAUCUGUAUUUUAUCUGCUGAAGAUUGUCCAUAUAUUAGGACUUUUGCAAUAAUGGUUGUUUUGGUUAACUUGGUAAAUCAGAAUAAUUAAUUUGGAACUUUUGAUGUCCAAGUUAUUUAUGCAUGCCUACAUAGUACAUGUUCGUAUCUGUAAAUGCUUGAAAACCUUUUAUUGUCCCAAGAGCUUAUGAGUUUUUGUC